GUGUGUAUUGACUCCCCUGUCUGUCAUGGUGCUGUGUGUCUCUGUGCAGGCUGAGAUGAAGACUAAAGUCCUGGAGGCCAAGCACCAGGAGGAGAAACUGAAGAUGCAGCAGAAGCACGAUGCAGACGUGCAGAAGAUUUUAGACCGUAAGAAUGGCGAGAUCGAUGAGCUGAAGACCAUGUACAGAGCCAAGCACAAGGAAUCGGAGGAGAGUGUGCGCAAGCUGGAGAAGAAAGUUCAAAGCGUGGUGCGCGAGUCCCAGGUCAUCCGUGAGAGCAAAGAGAAGCAGAUCGGCGAGCUGAAGAAGAUGUCAGAUCAGAGCACCGACUCCCUGAAAAACGAGUGGGAGAAAAAGCUGCACGCGGCGGUGGCGGGCAUGGAGCAAGAGAAGUUUGACCUGCAGAAGAAGCAAACAGAGAACAUUCAGGUGCUGCUGGAGGACACCAACCAGAGGCUGGCCAAGAUGGAGGCUGAGUAUGGCGCCCAGACACAGGCUACCGACCAGACAGUGCGGGAGCUGGAGCUGCGUGUGAAGCAGCUGUCAGUGGAGGUGGAGAACGGUAACGUGCUGAGGCAGAAGGUGACCCAGGAGAAGGGCCAGCUGGAGAUCCACAUCGCCACCAUCAGCUCUGAACUUCAGGAGGCCAACCGACAGAGGGUGUCUCUGCUGAGGGAGAAGGAGCAGCAGAGUGAGCAACAUGAAGACACACUGCAGAAGCUCCAGACCAAACAUGAGGCUGACAUCAGCCACUUCCAACAGGAACACACACUCUCCGCUGCUAAGGCCUCUGAUUUGAUUGAGGACAUGGAACAGACAGUUGCUCAGCUCAGACAGCAGCUACAGGACAGUGAGCACAGGAGACUGAAACAACUCAGGGACACAGACAAUAAACUUCAACAAGAGAAAGCAGAUCUGCAGCACCACUGUGAGAAAAAGGUGCGUGCCCUACACAACGAGGCGGAGAAAGAGAGGGAAGAGACCAAGAAGAAGAUCUCCAAACUUGAAGAGUCACUGAAGGAGAAGGAGGAGCAGCUGGGACGUGAGAGGGAGUGUCAGCGGCAGCAGACCCAGCAGGCAGAGAAUGCUCUGGAACACUUUAAGAAGCAAGUAGAGAUCAGCUCAGAGAAGACCUACGCUAACAUGAAACUACAGAUGGAUAAGGUGGAGGAGGAUCUGACCCGCUCCAAGUCCCUAAGAGAGAAACAGGCCAAGGAGUUCUCCUACCAAGUGGAGGAGCUCAAACAGAAAUACGAACAGCAGAUGUGCGAGCAGCGUGCAGGGCAGGAGCAGGAGAGGAUGCGUCUACAGCAGCAUUACAGCACGGAGAGGGACAAUCUGGUCCAGCAGCGCCAGCGGGAGGUGGGCACCAUGGAGAGGGAGGCGCGGGCCGCCCUGCACCAGCACCAGCACCAGACCCAGGAGUGGAGGCAACACGACGCCCAGGUCAUCUCUGACCUGGAGGAGCAGGUGUCCUCUCUGAGGGAUGAGCUGCAGCAGGCCCACAGCCAGAGGAAGCAGCAGCUGCUGGAGCUGGGGGUGCUCAGGGAGGAGGAGAGGCAGCGCGCGGCCCAGGACCAGGAGGUCCUGGGCAGGCUGAGAGCCGAGAUGGACCACAUCUGCCAGGAGCUGGAGACGAGCCACAAGGCCGAGAGACAACUGGCCCAGGAGAAGAUGAACACCAGGCUAAAGCAGAUUGAGAAGGAAUACAGUCAGAAGCUUGCCAAGUCUGCUCAGUUGAUAGCGGAGCUGCAGACCUCAGUGUGUGGUGCUAAGGAGGAGGGCUUGCGGCAGCAGCAGGAGAAGGAGAGACAGUUGAAUGAGGCUACAGCUCGCUGGGAUGAUGAGAGGAGGCAGAUGAGCCACCACACAGACACUAAGAACAAGGUUCUGCAGGAGAAGGUGGAGAAUCUCCAGAGGCAGCUGCACUCCUCCGAGAAGAAACUACUGAACAAAGAGUUAGAGAACCAGGAGCAGGUGACGGUGGUGCUUCAGGAGUGUGCGAUGAAAAUGAAAGGGCUGAUGCCAGCUGAGCUGCGACAGGAGCUGGAGGACACCAUCUCCUCUCUCAAGUCUCAGGUGAACUUCCUCCAGAAGAGAGCUUCUGUGUUACAGGAGGACCUGGAUGCCUGUCACAGCAGGAGGUAACCAUGGACUGUUCUUCCCUUGGCCACACCCAUUAUCCGGACAUGAAGAAUAAGACAGUCUAUCAGAUGUGAGAAUCAUCGCCAUAGUUACCAGGCAUCACACAUCUGUCAUGCCAUGGGUGCACCAAUCAGUUGUGCCAGUUAUGUUGGCCACACCCACAUUGUUUUUAACCACUAUGGAUUUGUACAUAUUUAUUCACUGUCAGAUUUUUUUUCACAUUCCCCGUUAGAAAUCAAUCAUUUUUCAUAACUUUUUGUGGAUGUUUAAUGUGCGUACUAUCCAUACAUACACUAUAAAUACAAAAUGAUGUGGACAACCAUUUAAAUGAGUGGAUUCUGCUAUUUCAGCCACACCCGUUGCUGGCAGGUGUUUCAAAUCUAGCACACAGCCAUGCAAUCUCCAUAGAGAGACAUUGACACUAGAAUGGCCU